GGGGAAUGUGUGUCUCCGGAUCUCGCCGCCACGACUCCGGAGAAAUCCCGUGCUGGGCAAACAGCCCUUAAUAUAAUAACAGUUUGUCUCUUUAAAAAGCAAAAGGAGGGGGGGAAAGUUUUGUUGGCAUCUGGUUUCUGAUCUUAUUAUGUUGCGGUCGACCAAUCCAGCCCUCGGGGCUGGUCCUCGGGUUUAAAUCUGAUUGGCCGAGAGCACAUUUUGGGAUAGUGCUUAGAGCUCGACGGGGCGGUUUCAAGGAUCCCUUUUUUGGGGGGCUGAGGAGAGGGCGGGGCCGCCGGCGGGGGCCCCCUUGAAACCGACUAAUUGGGAUCGGAGAGGCCGAGGUGAGGGCUGGAGGAAGGCACAAAGGAGUCGCUGGGCGGAGAAGGGAGGGGAGAAGGGAGAGGCGAGAGGAGGAGGAAGAAGAGGAGAGAGGGCAAGCAGCGCGCGGUGUCUCCGGCGGCUCAGUACGACCGCGGCGAGCUAGCGGGCAGGCGCGCCGCCCCCUCCCCCGCCCGGCCUCCCCAACUCUGCGGCGCGAGCAAAGUUUGCAAAGAGGCACGGGAGGCGGCGGCCGCGGCGAGGCGGCGGCAGGGAAGGCGCGCGGUCUCGGGGCUGGGGGCGGGGGCGGGGGGCUCCCGGGAGCCGGGUGGGGGGCGGCGGCCAGCAUGCGGCCCCGCAGCGCCCUGCCCCGCCUGCUGCUGCCGCUGCUGCUGCUACCCGCUGCCGGGCCGGCCCAGUUCCACGGAGAGAAGGGCAUCUCCAUCCCGGACCACGGCUUCUGCCAGCCCAUCUCCAUCCCGCUGUGCACGGACAUCGCCUACAACCAGACCAUCAUGCCCAACCUUCUGGGUCAUACGAACCAGGAGGACGCGGGCCUGGAGGUGCACCAGUUCUACCCGUUGGUGAAGGUGCAGUGCUCGCCCGAACUGCGCUUCUUCCUGUGUUCCAUGUACGCACCCGUGUGCACCGUGCUGGAGCAGGCCAUCCCGCCGUGCCGCUCGAUCUGCGAGCGCGCGCGCCAGGGCUGCGAGGCACUCAUGAACAAGUUCGGUUUUCAGUGGCCCGAGCGCCUGCGCUGCGAGCACUUCCCGCGCCACGGCGCGGAGCAGAUCUGCGUGGGCCAGAACCAUUCCGAGGACGGCGCUCCCGCGCUACUCACCACCGCGCCGCCGCCGGGCCUGCAGCCGGGUGCUGGCGGCACCCCGGGCGGCCCGGGCGGCGGCGGGUCGCCCCCGCGCUACGCCACGCUGGAGCACCCUUUCCACUGCCCGCGCGUCCUCAAGGUGCCGUCCUAUCUCAGCUAUAAGUUCCUGGGCGAGCGCGACUGCGCGGCGCCAUGCGAGCCGGCGCGGCCCGACGGCUCCAUGUUCUUCUCGCAGGAGGAGACGCGCUUCGCGCGCCUCUGGAUCCUCACCUGGUCGGUGCUGUGCUGCGCCUCCACCUUUUUCACCGUCACCACGUACCUGGUGGACAUGCAGCGCUUCCGCUACCCGGAGCGGCCCAUCAUCUUUCUGUCCGGCUGCUACACUAUGGUUUCGGUGGCCUACAUCGCGGGCUUCGUGCUCCAGGAGCGCGUGGUGUGCAACGAGCGCUUCUCCGAGGACGGCUACCGCACGGUGGUACAGGGCACCAAGAAGGAGGGCUGCACCAUUCUCUUCAUGAUGCUGUACUUCUUCAGCAUGGCCAGUUCCAUCUGGUGGGUCAUCCUGUCGCUUACCUGGUUCCUGGCGGCAGGCAUGAAGUGGGGCCACGAGGCCAUCGAGGCCAACUCGCAGUACUUUCACCUGGCAGCGUGGGCUGUGCCGGCGGUCAAGACCAUCACUAUCCUGGCCAUGGGCCAGAUUGACGGCGACCUGCUGAGCGGCGUGUGCUUCGUGGGCCUAAACAGCCUGGACCCGCUGCGGGGCUUCGUGCUGGCGCCGCUCUUCGUGUACCUGUUCAUAGGCACGUCCUUCCUCCUGGCGGGUUUCGUGUCACUUUUCCGCAUCCGUACCAUCAUGAAGCACGACGGCACCAAGACGGAGAAGCUGGAGCGGCUCAUGGUGCGCAUCGGCGUCUUCUCGGUGCUCUACACGGUGCCCGCCACCAUCGUCAUCGCCUGCUACUUCUACGAGCAGGCCUUCCGAGAGCACUGGGAGCGCUCGUGGGUGAGCCAGCACUGCAAGAGCCUGGCCAUCCCGUGCCCGGCGCACUACACGCCGCGCAUGUCGCCCGACUUCACCGUCUACAUGAUCAAAUACCUCAUGACGCUCAUCGUGGGCAUCACGUCGGGCUUCUGGAUUUGGUCCGGCAAGACGCUGCACUCUUGGAGGAAGUUCUACACCCGUCUCACCAACAGCCGGCACGGCGAGACCACCGUGUGAGGGGGCGCCCCUGCGCCGCGUCCCCAGGCCCGGGCCGCACCGACCUUUCCUCCGCGCAGGGGGGCUCCUACAGACUCCUUAUUUUAUUUUUUUAAAUAAAGAACAAUCGAAACCAUUUCUUUUUUAGGUCGCUUUUUAAAGAGAACUCUGCCCAACACCCCCACCAGGUUUGUAAUUAAAACUGUAAAUAGUCUUUGUAAAUUUAAUUAUAUAUUUUCUAUUUAAAAGGAAAAAAAAAAAAAGGAGCAGCGAGGGGUGCCAGGGCUGAGGAAUGGGCGGGGGGUUGGCUACGGGGGAUCUCUUUCUUCGGUGCCCUUUCAAACACCACCCGCUACUUUGGUUCGAAGUUUUUGGUGAUUUGGCAGGGCUGGGCCUGCUAGAAGAGGUGUUGGCUGUGCAGAGUUGGGAGUUUGUUGAAUUCAACUUCUAAAGCCAAAUUUGUGAGCCUUCUCGCUGCCGCUGGGCCUGUGGGAGCUGUUGGUUAUUUUUGAACAGGUCUUGGAUUCUUCUUGUUUUAUUUCAUUUUCCCCCUUUCUCUCCUCACUUGUCCUGUCUCCUUUACUCGAUCUUUGGAACCCUCCCAACAGACGAAGACGUGGGAAAAAAAAAGCCAAACCAACGGGUGGGGUGAUGGGGAGAGGGCGGAGAUUGUGUGUGGAAUGGCCCCCACUCCUCUGCAGGCAGGAAGAUCUUUCUGUGACUUGUCUUCUCAACUCGCUGCCCCAAGCGCCUGGAGUGGGCAGAAAGUGCUGUGUGAAGUGUGUUUUGAAACAAAAACACUCCCCCACACACAUGCUACCUUGAGUACCGAUCGUGACUGCCUCCAUUUUUAGGGGGAGCCUUAGCUCGCAAAUGUUGGGGUUUGGAGAUGCCCUUGAAUCUCUCCCCUUCUUUCCCCUGCAGUCCCCCCCACCCCACCCCCUAACUGAGUAUCUUCUCUGCCGUUCAGGUUAGCAGUUUGCGGGGUGGUUUGUGUGUUAUGUAUGGGUUUUUGUUGUUGGGGGGUUAUUUUUUUCAAAAAAGCAAUAAAAAUGGUUUGGGUUGGAGGGGAGGGGAGGAAUGGGCUGGUGGGACUUUUAGUUUCCUUUGACAAAAGACUGGUUUCUUUUCAAACUUACCCAGGAAGAAAAAAAAAAGGUGGGUAUCCUUGCUUUGGAAGAAGGCUCUGGGCAGGCUCUUUGUGACUGUGGGGGUGGGGUUGAAUGUUUACAAGACAUUCUAUAUCACAAGAUCGAUAGAAUGUUUAUAACAGAUGUUUCUUAUCUUCCCCCUACCCCCCCACAAAUAAAAGUCAAGACUUCUUAAAGUAUC